CUAACAGGGACUCCUGACAAGUGAAAUGAACCAGUUGUCCUAUUCAACCAAUAGCCACAGCUGCUUUGUACUACGAUAAUUGAACCAUACACAUUGCUUAUCUCUAAAAAAGUCAUUGGAUGUUCACUGGGCUGGAUCUUACUUUCAUCCCCUCUUUCCUCAGAGCCUGACAUAUAGGUGAGAUUCCUCCAAACCUUGUUGUGUAAGUCGCAUUUGUGAUAGUUGUACACAUUUUGGUCAGUAUCAUGUAUGAAUUACAGUUUGUGUACUGAGUUGUUUUUGGAGUGGUAUUUUGUUGGACAGAGAACAUGAUGCUUCUCUCCACUGUCCAAACUGAUUAUGUGAGUAAACAAAUCGUAAUGAUUUGCUUGAUUGAAUUUAAGCAAUUUACCUUGUUUGACGGGAACAUAAUGAGCUUUUCUUUGUGUGUGUGGGUGGUUUUAUUCAGUUGAUUACCCCUCUUUUUGCGUAAUAGAUGACCCUGACUACUGGCUUAUUUCACAAUCUGUUUGUAUUUGCAGGUGCUUGUUUUUUAACCAUUGAGGACUCUUUUUUUCUUUGUUGCCCUAACAGACUUAAUGAUAUAUUGGAUCAUUCCUAACACGAUAAAAGAUAUUAGCUUUCUUUUUUUAAUACACUGUAUUCACUCUCACCUGUGUGCAUGAUUUGACCACCAAAAAAAGAAAAGAAAAGAUUUGCAGUGUAAAUCCCUGCUUAACCUACUUUGUGUUUCAUACUGUGAAUCAUGAAUGACUGUAGCUUACAGUGCAUUACUUUUGUGUGAGGUGGGAGGAUAGAAUUGUGUAGUAGUGGAUUAGAAGAGUGAAAAUGAUUCAUAGGGGAAAGUGUGAGAAGGCAUGAGAGAGGGUGCAAGAAGUGGGGAGCUAAAAGGAUCAUGCUGAGAUGGCUGAUUGCUCUCUGGGGAGUCCGAUGGGAGGGAAACUGAGAGGAGAAUUCAGGCAGAUGGGAUGGGGUGGAUGUUUUCAGACAUGUAGUCCCUUAUGAGUACGGCUGCUUUGUUUCCUUUGUGAAGUUUAUGUCUUUUGUCAGGGCAAAUGGAAUUAAACGCACAAACACACACACACAUAUAUAUAUAUCGACUCACACAAAAUACAUUUUAACUAAUUGGAUGAGGCUCAUUCCUGCAUUUGUUCACAUUCAUUAUCAAUUCUACAAUGAAUAUUUCUACUUUGGGUUUCAGUACAGUCCUAUCAGUCUGUUUCUGUUUCUCCAGAAUAGAAAUAUUCUUGUAUUGAUUUUUAGUUCAGUUUUCUAAACAUGAAUAACAUUCCCUUAAUUGGACUGAUUAUGGCAGAUGCUUAUUACACAUUAGCAACAUGCAUUGAUAGAUGAAAGAUAAAGGGAACCAAUUACUAGGCAACCAAGUCCUUCUCAGUAAUGCUUGCUUAUUUUGCAAAUAGCUUUCAAUUCAGAAAAGCUUUAUUGGCAUGGAUUAUAAUGUUGCAUUGUUGAUAUGAUUUGAUGUGAAUUGUUACAUUUUACACAAGAAAACCAAAUAGAUAAUUAUUACUAAAUUUUACUGUCUUUCCUGAACAGAAAUUAUUUAGUCUGUAAAUGCAAUAUGUAUCAGCUUGAGAAAGAGGGAGAUUAAAAAAAAGAGAAAAGAGUGUUGACUUGUCUCUACGUUCAAAUCAUUGCUUUUUUGUUGUCUCAAUUUAUAGAUUAGCAGAAUUCUUCGGUGUGGGCAGUUUGAAAUAUUAUUCCUAAUCUAGCCGAAAGAUAAUGUGCACUGACAUAUUAUCCAUUUGCUGAAUCGUUGCAGAGUGUGAACAUGCGCGCGUGUGUGUGUGUGUGUGUCUGAGAGCAGGGUGGUUCAGGCAGAUGUGUUUUAGCUAAUACAGCCUGAGAGCAGCUGGGCAGGGCAGGGCUGAUAGACCCAAUGACAUCAUCCAAAGAGAGAGAGAGAGAUACUGGGAGCGUACGAGCAAGCUUGCCUAAGGCAGUGAAAGGAAGCAGGCCAGCUCAGAUCGAGAAGAGAGCGGCAUGAGAGUGGGACAGUGUGUGUGUGUGUGUCAAUGGGAGAGGACCAGACAGCAUUCAGUUGACUUUGACAGGAAUAUAGGACUCCGCCUGGAAGAUUUUCUCUCCAGUUUUUGCUCCCUCUUCCAUUAUACCUCUCCCCCUCCCCCUUCCCCCUUCCCCCUUUCCCCCCUCAUCCUCUGGCAGUUAUCCCCCUGCUCCUGCUUCAGGCGGCUUCUCCGGGCAUGCUCCUUAAGCCAAAGUAUGGCCGCUUUCGCAACGAGUCUGUGACCUCCUCUGACGACCUGAUGCAGAGCUUAGCCAUGAGUGGCAAAGUUGUGGCCACACCGGUGGGCCCCUCCUCCACCCCAAGCCUUCCUCUGCCUCCCCUGCCUCCUCUGGAUCCCAGCGCCAGGUCCUCCUCCUCUGCCGGGGCUACAGCCUUGGCCGACUCCCCUUGCCUGGAUGGAGAACAAGAUGCCACCACAACCUUCUGCAUGCUCAUUCCUAAGAUGCCCCAGUGGAAGUUUUCCAACUCCCUGCUCAGCCGGAGCCCAUCCAACUCCAGCUCCAGCUCUAGCUCUAGCAAGGACUCGGGCAAGGCAGCAGCAGCUGCUUCCCACUCCUCCUCUUCAUCAUCAAACAUGCCCAGUGGUGUGACCUCAGCCAGUGGCCCAGUAGCCAGUCUAGCUGCGGUGCUUAACUCCUGUGACCCUGUGUGUGUCACCCCCUGUUCCUUACAGGCCAUUCGUGGGCAGAGAGCAGUAGCAGUGGCAAACUCUGCCAGUCCAGGGGGGCAUGGAUUUGGGGCCACGGAGGCAAUGGCGAGCCCUGGCAGUUCCAGCAGUUCCAGAUCAGGAAUGAACCGCAGGACAAGGGUGGAAGGCAUGUGGCUGGGAGGAGAGGACUUCAACCAGAAGGGCAGCUUUAUCCACAAACCCUCUCAAGGCUGGUUGCACCCUGACAAGAAGAUUGCAGGACCGGGGGCCUCUUAUAUCGUCAGGUACAUGGGCUGCAUUGAAGUACUGAAGUCAAUGCGUUCCCUGGACUUCAACACACGGACCCAAGUGACGAGGGAAGCUAUCAACAGGCUCUGUGAUGCUGUGCCAGGUGGAAAGGGGGCUUGGAGGAAGAAGGCGCAGAACAAAGCUCUCCAGUCCGUCAUGGGGAAGAGUAACCUGCGCUUCGCAGGCAUGAGCAUUGCAGUCAAUAUUUCCAUAGACGGCCUCUGUCUGCUCAUCCCUACUACACGACAGGUGAUAGCGCACCAUCCCAUGCAGUCCAUCUCGUUUGCCUCAGGGGGAGACACAGACACGCCUGAUUAUGUUGCAUACGUGGCCAAAGAUCCGGUGAAUCAGAGAGCAUGCCACAUCCUUGAGUGCUCCGAUGGUUUAGCCCAGGGUGUCAUCAGUACCAUUGGCCAGGCAUUCGAGCUGCAGUUCAAACAGUACCUUCACAGUCCUCCUAAAACCAUGGCGUCUAUGGAGAGGUCUGUUAGGACAGAGGAGCCCAUGUGGGCUGAGGAUGAUGACUUCUCUGAGCAUGAUUACUACAACAGCAUCCCAGGGAAGGAGCCUCCUGUUGGGGGAGUGGUGGACUCGCGGCUCAGACCCAGUGGAGCACUCCUUGGUCACAUCCACACUCAGCCACAGAGCAAGAUGGCAGCACAGAUGGGCUCACCGGCUAGAAGGGAGCACUCAUCUUAUCCUCCUGGUCAGCUCUGCUAUGAACUUCACUGGGACACAGAGACAAACAGCUCAGGUCUGACAUCAGAUGGUUACCUGUGUGCUGAUGGCCAACCACCAAGAGACUAUGAGGAGCAUCAGUAUGUCAACACCCAGAGUUUGGAAAACCUGGAUUCACUGGCACAGGGGCCUAAUGGAUACAGAGGGUCCAGGCCACCCGACAGUCCCAAGAAAGACCUGUUUGACAUGAGGCCCUUUGAGGAUGCCUUAAAGCUCCACGAGGCCAGUAGCGGAGGUGUUAGUUCUGGUAUAUCCGCUGUGGCUGGAGGUUGCAGGGCUCAGGCUGGAGGUGGAGGUGUACAGGUCCUAGAAGACCAGUGGCCCAGCCCUCCACGCCGUCGAGCCCCUGUGGCCCCAAAUGAGGAGCAGCUCCGCAGGGAGACCUGGUACCACAGCCGCAUGAGCCGACGAGAUGCAGAGAAACUCCUGGUCCGAGAUGGAGAUUUUCUCGUCCGGGAGAGCACAACCAACACAGGACAGUAUGUGCUAACUGGCAUGCACUGUGGCCUGCCCAAACACCUACUGCUAGUGGACCCUGAGGGAGUGGUCCGGACCAAAGACAUGUUAUUUGAGAGCAUUAGCCACCUAAUCUCAUAUCACCUGAAGAAUGAGCUGCCUAUUGUUGCAGCGGAGAGUGAGCUCCACCUUAAACAGUUGGUCAGGAGAAAACAAUGAGCCCUCUGGCCCUGCAUGGGAUGUGCUGAAUUAUUCAGUGCCCAUGGAAACCACAGAAAAAAAACUGUAUUUGGAAAUCAUUUCUCCUGGAUGGAUACUGUCUGCAACAAAGGAUAUCACUGAAGGAGAGUGAUACUUCUUCUUGUACUUUGCUGCCUUUUGGCUAAUAAGAUCAACCAAACUGUCAUAAACUCAGCAUGCCACUAAGCUAAUAAAUCAACCAGAAUCCAGUUUGACGUAUCCCAGAGCUGGAAAAUUGUCCACCAAAAAUAUCAGAAAUUAAAGAAAAGACUGUUUGGAGAGGACCCGACUUCAGUAAAUCUCUCAGAGAUUUGAUGCACAGUGACAAAAUGUCCUACAAUGCCUGUGAUAGUAAUGUGCUUCCAGUCUACCAGGGCUUGCUUUAUCAGUCAGUCACACAGAGCGGUGAACCUGCUCAUCUGUCGUCCACUGAACAUAUAAAUGCACAUCGCCAGAACAAAACUGUCACUGAUUAUCUGGUACAGAUACAGUAUAACACAUAACAGCUGUCAUGUUCCAUAUUCAGUGGUUUAUUUCAGUAGAAAUGCAAGAAGUGACAUUACUGUGACAACUGAAGAAAUAUAUGUUUCACUGGGAUGUAAAGACUGUUUCAUGUUCACAGGUCUGCAGUACCUGAUACUGAGAUGGCACAAUGGAUACACACUAAGCAUGAUUCAGUGCUGCAUUUAUACGGAUCAACCUAAACUACAAAAUCCACUAUUUUUAUUUCUCCAUAAUAACCAAAGCACCAAAAUCCCACGUUUGUUACCGAUGCUUUAUAAAGUUGUGUUGAAAACAUAAACCUAUUAUUACACUACAUGUUAGGUAUGACUUGUCACAUUCUCUACAAUGCAGUCAUAUUAUAUCUACAUGUAGACAGCCACAUGGACACACAGAUCAUUGUCUUGAAAGUGGGAAUUUUCAUCACAUUUACCAAAAACUAUCAGUCCUUUGUGUUGUGAUUGUACGGAGUGACUUACUGUAUGUGUUGUAUAAACCUGUGAACAUUAUUCAGAUGAAUACUCAAAUGAAUACUACAUCAUGGGUUAAAAACAAAAACUCAGUAUAUCCAUGCCUGUAUUUCCCCCAACCCAUCCAACUUCAGUGCCUUAAUAACUAAGAGACAGGCAUUUGUGUCAGAGUGUAUAAUGUGCAUUUAUGUAUGCUCCUAGUUUUCUUGCAAUGCCAAUGAAUGAAUGAACAAACAAACAUCAGGAUGAUUAAGCUCUUAUACUUGUGAACAGUAAUGUAAGCUGCUCUUGUUUUGGGGUGAAUGUUUAACACUGUCUUAUUAUGUCAUGAUUGUCAUUGUCUGUAUGUGUGUUUAGUCCCCUCACUCCAAAGAGAGCACUCCUCUGCAGUGAUUGAUUUGAAAAACCAGGGAUUUGGACAGCAAAUUAAAUCCUUUAUUUGUCCCGGCUCAGGGAAAUACAUCACUUUAUUGAUUGUCCUAUCCCGUGUCUCUGUCUUUACAUGUCAGUUAUCUGUCCUUGGUUGAUUGAACUGUAAGUUUGCUAUCUGAUAUUAUCCAGUCUAAUGCUUUUAAAUCUUGGCAACAUAUCUUUAUUCAGGCCCUCUGCUGUUCUUAGCUGCAGCCUCACAAAUGCACAGAGAUGAGGUGAGGGACAAACAAUGAAUACCUUUUUCAGAUCUCCCCUUUUUGCUUUCUCAGGAAUUUCUUGAAUCUUUUCUUCUUUAAUCAACCUUAAAUGCUUUUUCUCAAUAAAAAUGAACUGAAAUGUUGGUACAGUUAA